AUGUCUAGAAAUACUUCGGAUAAAUGGGUAGUGCUAAUUUAUCAAAGUUUAAAUUUAUCGAGUUUUGGUCGGAAGAACUUUACUUUGGGUGAAAUAGUAAACUUAAUGUCUGUCGACAUUCAGCGUAUAUCAGACUUUAUGUUAAUCGCAACCAUCAUAUUGUCGGCGCCCUUUCAGAUCACAAUAGCUAUGAUCCUAUUGUGGCAACAAUUAGGUGUCGCAACUCUCGCCGGCGUCUUAUUUCUGGUCAUUUUAAUGCCAUUCAAUGGAUAUAUGGCUAAUAAAAUAAGAAAAUAUCAUCUUAUGCAAAUGAAAAUUAAGGAUAAUAGAAUUAAAAUAUUAAGUGAAACGCUGAACGGUAUACGAGUAAUUAAAUUGUAUGCUUGGGAGAAAGCUUUCAGUGAUCAGGUGCUUAAAGCUCGAGACCAGGAGGUGAAUGCACAUAAUAAAAUGACCAUAUAUUCAAGCGCAAUAACAUUUAUGUUUCUAUCAUCUCAUUUGUUUAUCUGUUUAAUAAGUUUUAUGGCGUUUGCAUUAUUCUCUCCAAAUAAUAUUCUGGACGCAAACAAAGCUAAUGUGAGAUUAUUUACACGUUUAGGAUUACCGCUCGGGCGUACUUUUGAAUUAUUGUCAAAAGGUGGACAGUGUUUGGUAUCCCUUAAUAGAAUCAAUGAUUUCAUAAAUGCUAAAGAAGUUAAUGAAAAUACAAUUUCAAAUGAUAAACACAAAACUCCUUUAAUAUCAAUUAAAAAUGCGACAUUUUCUUGGAAUAAAAAUAUUCCUCCGGUUCUGAAGAAUAUAACGCUGGAAGUGUUUGACCCAAAAUUAGUGGCUGUCGUGGGUUCGGUGGGCGCCGGGAAGUCAUCACUUUUAUCGGCACUUUUUGGUGAACUGGAAAUUCUUGAGGGAAGCGCUUGUGUUAACGGAAGCGUCGCUUAUGUGCCACAAGAGGCGUGGAUUCAGAAUAAGACACUCAAAGAGAAUAUUGUAUUCACUAAUGAAUUGAAUGAUGAAUACUAUGAACGAGUGCUCGAAUCGUGUGCUUUAGUGCCAGACUUGGCUCAACUUUCGGACAGAGAUUUGACAGAAAUCGGGGAAAAGAAACAGAGGGUUUCAAUGGCGAGGGCUGUCUAUUCAGACAGAGAUAUCUAUUUACUCGACGACCCGUUAAGGCAUUUAUUGUUCGCUGUCGACACACAUGUGGGCAAACAUUUGUUUGACAAAACUAUUGGAAGAAAUGGUUUAUUAAAAAACAAAAUAAGAAUUUUGGUUACAAAUUGUGUCUCAAUUUUACCAAAUGUUGACCAAAUUGUGGUCAUAAAGAAUGGGUACGUUUCUGAAUUGGGAACUUUUGAUGAGUUAAUCUCGAAAAAUGGUUAUUUCGCCGAAUUUGUGACCGAAUAUCUGUUGAAAGAGUCGGACAAUGAUCUCGAGAAACAAGUUAUUUAUUCUUCACUUAAAGACAAAUUGUGUGUUAAAAAAGUUACUAAUCAAACAAAUAGUGAAUUUAAAAAGUCUGAUUCAAAAAAUGAUUGGAAGAGUGAAAGAGAAAUUUCAAACACUAGUUCUGUUGGACUCAAAAUCUACGCAAAAUAUAUUCAUUCAAUUGGUCUCUCAUUUUGUUCAUUGAUUAUCAUGUCUUCAAUCGCGUCAAUAGUGGCUCAGAUAUUAUCGGGCCUUUGGCUGAGCGAGUGGUCCGACGACUCCCUCGACGCCAAUAAAAUAAAUGACACAAAUCUUCGUUAUAUAAGACUCGGAGUUUACGCCGGAAUCGGUGUCUUUGACACAAUGUUCACUAUAAUGACAAAUAUAUUCAUUUGUUUGGGAUGUCUUAGAGCUGCGAUACAUUUGCAUAACGUUAUGUUAAACAGGAUAUUGAAAGCGCCUCUACUUUUUUACGAUACGACACCAAACGGACAAAUACUGAAUCGGUUCAGUCGUGACAUAGAUUCAGUCGAUAUUUCUCUUGUAUUCAGUCUUCGGAUGACAAUACCAAUGGGUUUGAGAAUAUUUGUCUCUUUAUUAAUGAUUACAUUUCAAACUUAUAUAAUUUGUAUUGCAAUCUUUCCCUUAUUAUUAAUGUAUUAUUAUAUCUUAAAAAUAUAUAUUCGGAGCUCUCGUCAACUCAAACGCAUUGAGUCGACCACUCGUUCCCCUAUUUAUAGUCACUUUAGUGAAACAGUUAGCGGUUCCGCAAGUAUUAGAGCGUAUGGAGUGUCCCAUCAGUUCAUACAGGAGUCUAAUAGACGGGUCGAUGCAAACCAUAUGUGUUAUUAUCAACGCUUUACAGCCACGUGUUGGCUCACAAUUAGUCUUGAGUUUUUGGGCUCUAUUAUUGUAUUAUUAACGGCAAUAUUUGUUGUGUUAAAUCGAUACAAACUAAGUCCGGGUAUUGCGGGUCUGGCUAUUAGUUAUUCACUUAAUAUAACGAGUGUUUUGAAAUCAUUUGUAAAAUCGGCGUCAGGUCUAGAAACUAAUAUAGUAUCGGUUGAGAGAUGUCUUGAAUACACAGAAACUCCGACAGAAGCCGAGGGGUACGACGAGAUUACUAAACCUUCGUCUGAUUGGCCCGAAAGGGGAGAAAUAAAGUUUAAAGAUUACAGCACUAGAUAUCGGGAAGGAUUGGAUUUAGUGCUCAAAUCGAUUACAUUAGAAGUGAAACCCAAAGAAAAGGUGGGAAUAGUCGGCAGAACGGGUGCCGGAAAGUCAUCGCUAACUCUGGCGCUGUUCCGACUCAUAGAACCGGUCGACGGAUCCAUAUUUAUAGACUCAGUGGACAUCAGAACACUUGGUUUAUAUGACUUGAGAUCUCGGCUAACAAUUAUACCUCAAGACCCGGCGCUCUUCACCGGAACAUUACCUUUGUUGAGAAGAACUAAGAUUUUGGUGUUGGACGAGGCGACCGCUGCGGUUGAUAUGGAAACGGAUGACUUAAUCCAAGAGACGAUUAGAAAAGAAUUUUGUUUGUCAACUAUUGUUACGAUCGCUCAUCGAUUGAAUACAAUCAUAGAUUACGACAAAGUGUUGGUAAUGGAUGAGGGAAUGGUAGCCGAGUUUGAUUCACCACAACAUCUCUUGGCGGACACUAACUCUAUCUUCUAUUCAAUGGCUAAAGAGGCAAAUCUCGUCUAA